AUGGGCAUAGACUGUAAACCUGUAAAAGAGGCUUCUGAUGGUUUGCAAAAGUCUCUGCUAGUGGCUGAUUAUAUGGAUCAAGCUACUGAGCUUUUGAAGAAAACAACAUCUGAAGCUGCGAAAAGUGCAAUGGAUGUAAUCUCUAAGGGUCUAAUGAUAAGUCCAUACUCAGAGAAAUUACUUAAAAUGAAGGCAAGUGCUCUCUUGAACCUGAAGAAAUAUAGUGAGGUGAUUCAACUGUGCAAACAGAUCUCUGAAUAUGCAGAACAACAUUGUGGCACAGCCAGUGCUCAUGGCCAGUCUGAUCCCCAGAAUGCAAAUAACUAUUCGUUCUGGCCUUGGCGGCAGGAAAUAAGUUUCAAGGCCAUUGCAGGGAAGUUGGAGCUAUGCGAGAACAUUCUUGAUGAACUAAUUAAGAAUCUAAAGAAAGAGAAAUCUGUUCCUGAGAAGGAUGUAAGUGAUCAUAAGCCAUUGAGCCCCAUGGCUGCAGGGGACAAAGCAUUUCAAUCAGGAAAUUAUUCAGAUGCAGUUAAACAUUAUACCGCUGCUUUAUCUUGUAAAAACAGGUCACACCAUUUUGUUGCAAGUUGUAUUCGCCAUCGAGCUUCUGCAUAUAAAGCUUUGGGACAAAUUACAGACGCUAUUGCUGAUUGUAGCUUAGCCAUAUCCCUUGAUGGAAAUUACCCAAAGGCAAAUUAUUUGAGAGCUACAUUAUAUGAGAUUAUAAGAGACUAUGGGCAAGCAGUUACUGAUCUUCAGAGAUAUAUAUAUCUUAUCCAAAAGCAAUCAAAGAGUAUGGUCAAUCAGUCUUGUGGUGGAUUAACAAGAGGUCAAAUUGAUUCAAAUGAAGCUCAUCAGAAACUUUCCAGAGCAGAAAAAGAAGCCAAAAGGGGGACACCCUUGGAUAUGUACCUUAUCUUAGGAAUUAAACCAUCUGCCACAGCAAGUGAUAUUAAGAAGGCUUACCACAAAGCAUUCCUCAGACACCAUCCAGACAAGACAAGCCAAUUACUUGCAAAAAUUGGAAUCAGAGAUGCUGGACCGUGUAAGGAAAUUGGAAAUAAGGUACGGAAGGAUGCUGAAAUGCUUUUUAAAAUAAUUGGACAAGCAUAUGCAGUACUCUCUGAUCCCAUUCAACGCUCAAGCUAUGAUCGUGGGGAGGGGCAAAGGGAAGCAAAAAGAAGAACUUGA